AUGGGUUUCGAGAACGUGUGGAACAGCCACCCCAAGGACUACAGCAAGGGUGGCCGCACCUGCCGCGUGUGCGGCAACGGCGGCGGCAUCAUCCGCAAGUAUGGCCUGAACAUCUGCCGCCAGUGCUUCCGCGACUACGCCAAGGACAUUGGCUUCGUCAAGUACAAGUAA